AUGCGGGAGGAGAUGCGGGAGCUACCUCCGCGUCCUCUUUCUUGGCUGUGAACGCGCGCGGUGGAUUUCUUGCCAGAACACCCAGCCGCCUUCUUGAUGACCGACCACCACGAUCUUCUGGCUCCUCAAACUAUGAGCAGGCUGCAGCGGGCAUUUGGGAAUACAGGGCUCUGACUGGGCAUCAUCACCUGGAGCUCUGGAGUGAGCCUCAGCAUGAAGACCCAAACCGGCAAAGGCGCCACAGCAGCAUCGUCGGGCCGGCGAAAGCCCCGCUUCACCUUGCGGGGCCGAAAGAAGAAGGACGGCGUGAUCCGAGGCAAGCUUCGCCUACGUUCCAUCGCCGGAGCCUUCUUGGUGCUCGGGGUCAUGGUGGUCACGGUGGGCACGGCUCUGGCUGUGGCCGGAUACCGAAUGUCACGUUUGUCCAUUCUGGGAGCCGCCGAGGGCAAUCGUCUUUCCCAACCGCGGGGGAAUUGGAGUCUGGGAGCCAAGGGCUUCCUGUCCUCCGUCAGCAUGAUCCACUGCGAGCGGAUGAAGCUGCUGGGUCCCGUCAUCAUGGGGGUGGGACUCUUCAUCCUCAUCUGCGCCAACACCGUCUUGUACGAGAACCGCGACAGAGAGACUCAAAUGCUCCUGGCUCAGAUGCGCAACGUCAUCUGCUCCGUGUCUGCGGCCGUACCCUCGGCGGACCUCCGACAAAUGGCCUUGGCCAACGCCGUGUCCAAACAUCACUGGGUGAGCACUUUGCCCGCCGCCCAGCUCAACAGCUUAUGUCGACAGCAGCUGGCGAGUUCCGAGCCCGUCCUGCAGAGCGGCGCCGCCGUCUACCGGCAGACGGAGGCUCUCCAUCAUCAAGAGUCGUCAGCGCCUCCGACCUCCACCGAUUGCUCCUCCUGUAAUUCCAGCCGGAUGGACUUGGACGCUCGGCGUGAAGCCCGGCCGAGCUUUAAGAGCCGGGCCGACGACGCCCGGCUGGCCGACUGCCUGAUGUCGGCCAGCUCCAUGUCCACCCUGGGCGUGGACGACGUGGACAGUCCGGCCGCUCAACCUCGACGCUGCCAUAGUAUGAGCUACAGGACUAAACCUUACGUGGCUCAAAGUUCUUUGUCGGCGGAGAAAGCAGAUCAAUCGGAUCGGAGAAGAGAGCCGCUUUCCGGAGUCAGCGUUGUUCACAUUCCCGGACAGGUUGCGGACGAGCACCCUCAUCAAAGCUGGCCUCGGCUAGACCUGGGCGGAGGCAGACGCUAUCUGAAGUUGGACAACAAAGAGGACUCUGUGGACAAACUGCUGGAUCGGUUAGAGCAGCAAUCUUCUCAGUGGGAUAAGAGUUUUGGUUCAGGACCUUUCCAGUGACAGGAAGUCAUCAUUUUUUAAAUGAUGAAAGUGAACGGUUCUCUUACGCCGAGGGAGUUCUGCGCCAUUUGGAGAGCCUGUUGACCGACAGUCACAAUUGAUGCACAGAUGAAUCGAAGGAGCUGCUCUCAUUGAUGAGCUAAACAUUGGG